AUGAAGAUAGUCUUCAACCUGGAUGUGAAACCUGCACGAUUUGGAAAUAUCACAUUGAUAUGGCUAAAGAGUCACGAGAAAAGUACCGACAACAAGCGCAUGAUAAUGAAAAAAAUGCCACGAAAUUACAUACGGAAGACAGAAAAGAAUUCCUGGGAUCCAGAAAAUUUGAAGAAAGUGUUAGAGGAAAUUAGAUAUGGCAAGAAAAUAAGAGAAGCUGGCCAGGCAUUUAAUAUACCAGAGUCAACAUUAUGA